AUGAUGGAUGUCGAUGAUACGCGCCUAUUGGAAGCGGUAGUCUCUGCUGGCGGCAGGUCUGCCAGUUGUAAGGGCGGUCCUAAGAGGGCGUUCCCUCGCAACCUUGGUAAGGCUGGGGCCUGGGCCACAGGAUGGGUUUGCAGCCCCCGCCACCACUUCCCGAUGGGAGUUGCCUUUCUUCUGGUUCUGUGCGUUUGUCUUGCUCUUCAUCCGGGGAGGUUGGUCCACGUCUCAACCGCUGGUCAGCGGUGCACAGCUGACCCUGGCAGCGUGAAGCAGCCCUCUUUCAACGGGCGGCGUCUCCAGGCUUUUCACUCAGGGGAGAAGGUUGCAGAAUUUGAGGGUUGCCCGGGAGACUUGUUCAACAAGGGUCUCCCCGAGGAUCAGUGGGCGAGUCUGAAUGAUGCCAUGGUGCGCCGCAAGGAGGCGCGCUUGGCAGCUAUUGCAGGCAACUCUUCAGCCCCAAACACGUUGCACACAUGUGCAACAGCGGAGGAAAUGGGCGCAAGCAUGACAGCUGAUGUCCGUUGCCCAAGCCUCGGCGUUCGGAGCCGGAUCGAAACUUUCCUGGACCUCCAUGCCGCCGACAAGAUAGCCAAGCUAGAACCGCGGGAGUUCUGCCAGCACAAGUUUGUCUUUGGCCAUAGCAACCACCUAAAGAAUGGCCUUGGAAACGGGUUCUACGAAGGUGGAAUCGGGCCCCUCAUCCUAGGGAUGAUUUUGAAUCGAACCGUCAUAUGGGGUGAAGAGAGGUCCUCUCAGCCAGACUACAAGGGUGAGCUCGAAACGGCAGACGGCACGUACGGCGGCCGCUCAGCGGAGGCAUUCAUCGAGUUCAACGCGCGUCUGUUCAGCAUGGACCGCCUGAAGCAGCUGUGGGCGACCAACGGGUGUGCCUCCAAAUUCGGCCGCCCUCUAGUUGUCCGGCAGCUGCGCAACAUGGCCGGAGACGUGCACGCACACACUGCGCAGGUCUCCUUUAUGUGCGACGAUCUGACGAAGUGGGACGUGCCGCUGAUUCAAGUGACCGACUUGGGUGACAUGGGCAACCUGGCUCUGAUCACUCGAAGUCGGCACCCGCAUAUUCGAAGGAAAGCAGCGGAACUAUUUGGAGAACCCAUGCUACCCCAUACACGGCCGAACCUGCUAGGCGAAGCGCUGCGGGCGCUCAUAAGCCCCCGUCCGGUUAUAGCUCGUGCCGUCUCGAGGGUUCUGAAGGACGGCGCUCCUGUCGUGUCCGUACACAUGCGGAUGAUGCAGCUUGAUUGCCCCGACACCGUUGCGCAAGCGACGGUUUGCACGCGGAACGCACUACAGCAAGCGGGUCAAACUGAUGGAACCACCACUUUGCCAACCGUUCUGCUCGUCACCGACACGCCAUCAGCCGGAUUGAAGUUCGCUCGAUCGCUUCAAGGAAUUGCAAAGGUGAUCCGUUUCAAUGCGACACUCUACAAGAUCCACCACCCCGAAGAGGAACGACUUCCGAUUCAGGAAGAUCACUUGGCCUCCGACUGGGGCAAAGACCCUCGAUGGGCGGCCGUGGUAGACUUCUUCCUUGCCGCGGAAACCUCUCACGCAUUCAUCUCUGUGUCGCCAACACGUGUCGCCACGACGUUCGGCCACCUGGCAGCAGCUUUUGCUGCAUCGAAAUCUUAUGGGCUCGGAGAACCGACGCCGGUCAACGCAACUUUCGUCACAACCGGGCACGACGAGCGCGGCGGCUUGCUGGGCCACGUGGGCACCACCGCCGGUCGGGGUGCCUCGCCGGCCGGGGCGUUCAAAUUCUACUGCAGCUUCUCCGCGAAGCAUCUCAAGAACGGGGUCCCGUACCUCGACAGUGCCGGGUCCUGGAGCUCCUUCACGGGGCCCCUCUCGUGCAAGGACCAGCCGGGCCAGUGCGCGCUGACGUCACUGCUGCCGUACAACUUCUUCGAGCACGAGUGGGCGUCGCCGCACGCGCAGCACCGGCGGAACAGCUUCCUGGAGAAGGGGAUCCCCCUCACGCCCGCCGGCGACCUGCCCCGAGCUGCCGUCGAGGAAUUCUGCAACGGACUGGCGGAACCGCAGCGGAGGUGGAACGACGUGGAGCACGUCUUGCAAGACGACUCGGUCACGGAGUCGCACUUCCUGACAGAGGCUCCGGAACCGAGCGCUUCUGAACCCUCCAAAGAGGCCCCGGGAGCGGACACGGACCACGCAGAGCGGGAGAGGAAAAAGCUGCGGGAACUCGCCACGUCCGUUGCCGUCAACUCUACCGUCAUCAUAUGCACUGUCAACAAAGGAUACUAUGACUUUUACAGCAACUGGGUCGGGAGCCUGGAACGCCUGGGUUUGGCGAGCCGCGUCAUCGCAUUCACUAUCGAUCAGCCCACGUUCGACUUCGUGGAAGCGCACUGGCCAGGCCAUGCGAUUCUCCUCCAAUCCGAGGCGCAGUCCGACAAAUUCUCCGACGACUUCGCCGCCUUUGGCUCGCAGUCCUUCAACGACCUCACGGUGCUGCGCGCGUACCACAUGCGCGACCUGCUCGGAAUGGGCUUCAGUGUCAUUUACAGCGACAUCGACACCGUCUGGCUGCGCGACCCGCACCAGAUCCUGACCUCAGCAUAUGACGUCAGCGUGACGGACGACGGCUCGAGCACCGAGGGCGACAUGGAGGGCUCCCGGCAGCUCGGGAAGGACACUGUGGGCCUGAAUGUGUGCACGUGUUUCAUGCACGUGAAACCUACGCAGGUCGGGAUUACAUUCGUCGACACGUGGAUAGAAGCGAUACACAACCAGACGGAGAACGGCAGGGUCCACGGGAACGACCAAGUCAGCCUUAACAAAGUGACGAACUCGCCGGAGAUCUUGGCGGGCAGGGGGGUUGCGGUGCAGCUUCUGCCGAGGGUUCGGUUCCCCAGUGGGGCGUACGGAAUGAAGGAGGAGUGGUUCAGUAAGAAUAAAGGCAAAAUGUUUUGGGUCCACGCUAAUUACCUGGCUGGCUCCGAAGAGAAGAGGAAGGGGUUGGAAAGAUUGGACAUGUGGCACCCAUCGACUGCAUGA